UGGUCGAGUGGUUUUUCUUCAAAGGUUUGGCAUUCGUGCUACGAGCCGAAAAGAGGCAGCGACCACCCUGCAACCAGUCAGUAAAGUCUCAGAAGAACUCUAGUACAGGGUUCUUCAAAGUACGGGUCGCGACCCAGUACUGGGUCGCAAACUCAUAUUCAAAAAAAGUCAAGUCAUGGACAAGGCAGUACAGUGACGAGUUUCUGAAGUAUGGCUUCGUCAUAAGUGUGAACAGGAAAAGGGAGAACCAAGGCCUCAGAAGACAUCUCGAAACAAAGCAUCCUAGUCUGGCUACAAAACCAGUUGACUAUUUCCAGAGAAGAAAGGAACAACUGAAGAUGUCAGUGAAAGUUCUAAAUACAGCAACCACUCUAAAUGACAAAGCACAAUUAGCAUCAUAUAUAGUUUCAUAUCGCAUUGCAAAAGAGAAAGUACCAUACACAUGUGGUGAGAAACUUAUUCUCCCAUCUUGCGUGGAUAUAGUGAGCACGAUGCUCGAUGGAAAGUCGGCAGACAAGAUCAAAUGUGUCCCAAUCAGUGAUACAACAGUGUCACGGCGGAUAAGUGAUAUCGCAGACCUACAGACUGCUGGAGAAUUUGCUAUUCAGCUGGACGAAGGUACUGAUAUAUCUAACUGUGCAGUGCUCCUGGUGUACGUCAGAUACGUACAUGAAGAUGACUUUUUGGAAGAUAUGCUUUGCUGCUUAACCUUACCUACACAUUCAUCAGGAUCUGAGAUAUACAGAGUGCUGAAUGACUGCAUAGUUGGAAAAUACAAGCUGAAAUGGGCCAAUUACAAAGGAAUUACAACCGAUGGAGCAGCAAAUAUGACUGGGAAAAAGAGCGGUGUUGUGACAAAAAUAUCAGAAGCAGCCGGUAAUGAUGUAACUUGGAGACACUGUUUCAUCCACCGUGAAGCGCUGGCUGCCAAAGGUAUCCCAGACAAUCUCAGAGGUGUUUUGAAUGACGUUGUGAAAGUUAUCAACAACACAAUCAAAGGAAGUGCACUUAACAGUCGGUUGUUUGAACUCUUGUGCCUGGACAUGGGAACUGAUCAUUCACACCUUUUGUACCAUACGGAAGUUCGAUGGCUCUCCCGCGGGAGAAUUCUAACAAGGCAUAUUGAAGAACAUAAUAACUACAGUGAAGAAACCAUGAAGAAAUUGAAUGUGAUAUACAGCUGCACCUCCAUUCUUUGUCAAGCAGUUUUGAACAGUAUUUUCCUGAGAAAAACCUUAAGAAUAUAA